CUAUCAUGAUGAUUUAAUCUCGGCUUUGCAGGGCUGAUGGCAGCCAUCUUCUCGAUCUGGACCUUGUUCGUACUGAAACCAAUAAUUGAUUCGAGUCCAAUAUUAAUUAUAUUAAUUAGACGUCUAGUCUUGGCUAUUCCUGCAAUGGCAGCUACUCUGCGUCACUGGUUUCCUGUACCUUAUUAUAUUUCCCCCAAAAAUAUCCAGAACAUUAUCACCAGCUUCUUCGCUGCAAUAAUCAGAGUCGACUGGUUUCGGGCCAGGUCAUGUGACUCGCUGGCCCGGGAUAAUCAAACUCCGCCCCCGAAAAAUUCCCUCACGUGAUCACACAAUGAUUUUAUGAGACUGCUCCCGCUUCUUAAAUUUGUCUCACCACGA